CACCCUCCCAGCUUCUUUAGCUUCUUUAGAGCCAUCAGUGCCCUUCUCUUUCCCAAAUCCCAUCAAGCCACUCAGCGACAGCACCGCAGCAGCGCUCAGAAUAAAAGAAUAGAAUACCAGGUUGGUGGUGCACUGCAUUAGAAGAGUGCUAUCGCUAUUAUUGUCAUAUAUAUGAAUAAUAUGAGCCUGGGUUUCUUAUUCCAUUGGAUCAGAGUAGUUUAGUCCAAUAAUAACUGUAUGGGAGGUUAGUGUCUGUGUCUCUGAGAGAGAGAGAGAAGAGGGCAGAAUGGGGAGCUGCUGCUCCUCGGAGCUGGCGGAGACGCAGCUGGAGAAGCAGAAGCAGAAGCAGAAGCAGAAGCAGAAGCAGAAGCAGAAGCAGAAGCAUCAGCAGCACCAGCCACAGAGGGCUUCCUUCUCGCUGCACCAUGCGCCUCCCCCGGCGGCGGUUGGGGCUGCGCCGGCUGCCUUCGCUGAGUUCUCUCUUGCGGAGCUGAAGGCCGCCACCGGCGGAUUCAGCUCCGACAACAUCGUGUCGGAGAGCGGCGAGAAGGCCCCCAAUCUUGUUUACAAAGGCCGGUUGCAGAAUCGGACAUGGAUCGCUGUCAAGAAGUUCACCAGAAUGGCUUGGCCGGACCCCAAACAAUUUGCGGAGGAGGCUUGGGGUGUGGGGAAGCUGAGGCACCGGAGGCUGGCCAACUUGAUUGGGUACUGCUGUGACGGAGAUGAGCGGCUCCUUGUCGCUGAAUACAUGCCCAAUGAUACCCUUGCCAAACAUCUGUUUCAUUGGGAAAAUCAAACCAUUGAAUGGGCAAUGCGCCUACGGGUAGCGUUUUACAUUGCAGAAGCCUUGGAAUAUUGCAGCGAUGAAGGGAGACCUUUGUAUCAUGAUCUUAAUGCUUAUAGAGUCUUAUUUGAUGAGGAUGGUGAUCCAUGUCUUUCAUGUUUUGGGCUCAUGAAAAACAGCAGAGAUGGCAAGAGUUAUAGCACAAAUCUGGCUUAUACCCCUCCAGAGUAUCUAAGAAAUGGAAGAGUUACUCCUGAGAGUGUGAUAUUCAGCUUCGGAACAGUUCUUUUGGAUCUCCUAAGUGGAAAGCGCAUUCCUCCAAGCCAUGCUCUUGAUAUGAUCAGAGGUAAAAAUAUUCUGCUUUUAAUGGAUUCACAUUUGGAAGGCAACUUUUCAACCGAAGAGGCUACUGCACUGGUAGACCUUGCUUCUAGAUGUUUGCAAUAUGAACCCAGGGAACGGCCAAGUACAAAAGAUCUGGUUGCAACACUUGCACCGUUGCAACCUAAAUCAGAGGUCCCAUCUCAUGUGAUGCUGGGAAUCUCGAAGGAAGAGGAAACCCCUGCACCACAGCACCCUCUCUCCCCAAUGGGUGAAGCCUGUUCCAGAAUGGACCUCACUGCAAUCCAUCAGAUUUUAGUGAUGACGCAUUAUCGAGAUGAUGAAGGAACUAACGAGCUAUCUUUCCAGGAGUGGACCCAACAAAUGAAAGACAUGCUGGAUGCUAGGAAGAGAGGAGAUUAUGCUUUCCGUGAUAAAGAUUUCAAGACAGCCAUUGAUUGUUAUACACAGUUCAUCGAUGUGGGAACCAUGGUCUCACCAACAGUUUAUGCAAGGCGAAGCCUCUGCCAUCUUAUGUGUGAUCAGGCUGAUGCUGCUCUUAGAGAUGGCAUGCAAGCACAAUGCGUUUAUCCUGAUUGGCCCACGGCAUUUUACAUGCAGGCAGUUGCACUAGCCAAGCUAAACAUGCACAGUGAUGCUACAGACAUGUUAAACGAAGCAGCGGGGCUAGAGGAGAAGAGACAGAGAGGUGGGAAGGGUACCUAGACAAUUUAGGUGAGUUAUGAACUAUGAAUUAUAAAUUAUCUGUAUCUCCACUGUCACUCAAUGAUUAGCCAAGUGACCUGAAAUUUCAAGGCUCUAAGGAAAAUGUAUCAUAGUUGAUACCCCUUGAUUAUGUUAAUGCCAUUGUUUUCUUCAUUGUUAGCA